AUGUCCAGCCACGGAGGCAUCCAACCCUUCACAGGAGGGGAUCGAUUCACUACCGUGACACCAGACAAUCAUGGCGGUAUACUUUGGGUUGCUUCAAUUAUAUGUGCCAUCUACGUUAUCCUCAGCAUGGGCCUAAGAGCCCACGUUAAACGAGAAUUUUAUGGUCUAGAUGAUCUAAUAGCGCUCGUUGCUACGGUAAUUGCUGAAGCACAAUAUAUAUCCAUCUUUUUUGGCUUAUCUGACGGGCUCGGGAGGAAUAAUGAAGAUUUUGAGGCCGCUCGCAUUCAAAGGAUAGGGCGGACCCUACUCCUAAGCGGGGUCUUCUUUCUCCUUGGGCUGUUACUUGCAAAAGUGUCGCUUAUUCUAUUGAUACGUCGUUUAUUCAGCCCAGAUAUGAGGAUGCAUAUCAUGGCAUGCGAUGCUGUACUGGCUAUGAGCAUACUCUGGGGUAUUGGCUCGAUUUUGGGAGCAUUGAUCAACUGUUCCCCCACUGGAAUGAUGGCUUUCAACGACGGGGCGUGCAAGGAUAUAGUCCUAAGGUGGCAGAUUAUAGGUACUCUGGAUGCAUUCACCGAAUUGGUUAUAUUUGGAGUAGCACUAUCGGUUGUCUGGGGAAUUCAAAUGAGAGCUUCGCGGAAAGGCCGUGUAUUAAUGGCCUUCAUACCCAGGUUACCUAUUAUUGUUUUUGCCCUCCUUCAUAUUGAACGGACAACGUCAUUCUCCAAGAAGCCUAAGCCCAGCGUUAGCAUUGUAGCGCCCCUCAUCUACCAACAAAUUGAGCUUUGCUACUCGCUUGUGUCCUGUACCAUUCCCAACCUCGGCGGGUACCUACUCAAGUUUCACACUGGCAUGGGCAUAACACUUGGAUACGUAUCAGAGCCAUAUGGCUCGUCACGAGAAGUGGGAGGCUCCAAGAGCGUACAGCUAUCAUCCUUGAAGAGCAUUGCAAACAGUGAUAAGCAGAAAACCCCAGCUGCCGGCGAAUCAAGUAAGUGUGGCUUUCUCCGACCCGAGCAGUAUGAAUAUCGAGCCUACGUUCGAAGUGCUGUUAACAGCCUCGAGAUUAACUCUGGCGAUGGUGAGAACGAUAACCAAUCAUUCAGUUCUCAGGGAAACCAGUCGGUGUUGAGCAUACACAGCCAUGAUAUGAUUAUCCGACGAGACUUCCGGUACAGUGUUCGACACGACUAG